CCGUCGUACUAAAGAUAGUUCGAACAAAAAUCCAAAACACAUUUCUCAUUUCACAAAACAAACGAAAACUAUUGAGUCACAAAACACAGAGAGAAUGGAGAAAACAGAGGAAAGCGUCGGAAUCAGAGUUUACACGACGACAACGACGCAAAAUCCGUCACCAACAUCGUCUCGGUCGCCCAAACCUGUCCCUCUCUCUUCACUGCCUAUGCUUCCGGCAGGAGCCGCCGCGGGAGGAGGAAAAGGUAGAAAACGUCGCAUGGUGGCGAAAGGAGUUCAAAAAACGGUUUCGAAGACAUCAAUGCUCGUCAAUUUCCUUCCGACAGGAACUCUCUUGAUGUUCGAAAUGGUUCUUCCGACAAUCUACCGUGACGGAGACUGUAACGGAAUCAACACACUCAUGAUUCAUCUUCUCUUGCUUCUUUGCGCAAUGUCUUGUUUCUUCUUCCAUUUCACCGACAGUUUCAAAGCCUCCGAUGGGAAAAUUUACUACGGUUUUGUGACUCCACGUGGACUCGCGGUGUUCAUGAAACCACCCUCGCCGGGGUUUGGAGGCGGAGAUGUGAUUGCAGAGAAGGAGAUUCCGGUGACGGAUGAGAGGUAUAAGUUGAGGGUUAAUGACUUUGUGCAUUCAGUGAUGAGUGUUUUGGUUUUUAUGGCGAUCGCGUUUUCGGAUCGGAGAGUCACAGGGUGUUUGUUUCCAGGAAAAGAGAAGGAGAUGGAUCAAGUUAUGGAGAGUUUUCCGUUAAUGGUCGGAAUUGUUUGCAGUGCUUUGUUUCUUGUUUUUCCGACCAGUCGAUACGGUGUCGGAUGCAUGUCUACAUAAUAACUAAUUUCACUUUUCUGUUGUUUUGUG